GGGGACAAAUACUGCUACAACAAUAUGGAGGUUCCUCCGUGUGGAUUCAAUCCGGAGAGACACUGGACUGACGAGAAAGAGAGGGCGCUCAUAGCCUUUUUCUCCAAGAACAGUUGUCUGUGGAACUACAAGUCAGAGGGCUACAAGAACCGACAGCUUCGAUGGAAAACACUGGAACGCCUGAGAUUCCUUCUGUCUUCUCACCCCCCUCCUGUUCCUUUCACAGUGGAAGACAUCAAGAACAAGUUCAAAAACCUACGUACCACUUUUCAGCGUCAGUACAAAAUGGUUAUAGCAAGCAAGGCAUGUAAUUCGGACGAUGUGUUCGUGCCACAGUGGAAGUACUACCAGCAACUGAUGUUUCUGCAGGGCUGCUGGGACCAGGAUGACGGCACUGACGAGCCACCGCUCUCUCCACUGAUGGUUCCACAGGAGGAGAAUGAGCCUGUCCACACCUCCCCAGGACUGAUCAUCUCGUUCCUCCCCACCACAUCCGCCCCCUCCACUUCCAUCCCCACCUCCUCUUGCAUCUCUUCUAAUGUUGUGGUUAAAUGUUUCUGGACUGAGGAGAGGGAGCGAGCACUAAUAUCUUUCUACUCAGAGCACAGCUGUCUGUGGAACAAGAAGUCUGAAAACCACAACAACCGUCAGCUCAGACUAAGGCUGCUGGAGAGUCUGAGGAGCAAGCUGUCCGACCACUCGGUGUCUUUCUCAGUUGAACACAUAAAGUGCAAGUUCAAGAACCUUCGGACCAUUUUUAACCGUGAAUACAAGGCAGUCCAGGCUAGCAGGGCCACAGACAAACUCUACGUAUCCAAAUGGAAACACUACCAGCAACUGCUCUUCCUCUGCGAGUCCUGCGAUGAAGAUGACAGCCCUGAAGACCUGCAGAUAGUGAUGCCACAAGAAGACAAUGACCUGGAACAAGGGAACCAGAUUCACUCCUCUAACCUGAGCAGCUUCUCAUCUAGCUCCACCCAGACCAACAAACUCCACGACAGCUCUGCUCUUUUGAGCACCAGCCAGAGCGAUACCAAAACCAACAGCAGUGCUGCAUACCAAGUCUUCCUCUCUGCAUCUCCAGAUAUGCUCACUCUAGCCAGUCAAACGCUCCCAGCCUCUCCAUCCUGUCCACUGCAAGACACUAAACCAUCCACAAACCCCUCCCCUUCAGUAUUGUCCUCAACUAGUUCUGUUCAGGCAGACGGCAGACUGAGCACAGACUCCCGCUGCCUCUGGAGCGAAGCCAAAGUUCAGCAGCUCAUAUCAUUUUACUCCGAUCACAGCUGUUUGUGGAACCACAAAUCAGAGGGCUACAGGAACCGUCUGUUAAGACAGAGACUGUUGGAGACGCUGAGCAGCCUCCUGUCACACAACGAACCCAUCCCAUUCACAGUUGAAGACAUAAAGACAAAGUUCAGGAACUUGCGAACCAUAUUCCAACGUGAGCACAAGGCUGUGAGCUCCAACAAAACGUGUGGUUCAGAGGAUUUUUACCUCCCGAAGUGGAAACACUACCGCGAGCUCAUGUUCCUCUGCGACUCAUGUGACGAGGACGGGCCCGAGGAGCUUCACUUCCAGGAACCACCGGAGUCACGCCUCCUCCACCUGGACAGCCGAGCCUCUCCCUCCUCCCUGCACUAUCCUGCUGUCAACCAAACACCUAGAGCGAACAUCACAACACAAAGACUCGAAGCCCCGCCCUCACCGACUCCCCCAGACUCCCAACGCUCGUCCCCCUCCUCGUCCCCGUCCCCCUCCACGUCCUCCUCUCAUGCCGACAGCAGACUGGUGGGGCGCAAACGUGCAGGCCACCGGGCGACGCCCACCACCAAUGAGGUGGUGGACUUCAUGAGGACGUUCUGUCAAAACCAAACCGUGUCGCCUCAUGCAGGGUUCCUGAAGUACGUGGAGGAGUGUUUGAAUGAGACACCACCAGACAAGGUGAAGAAACUGAAGAAGAAAAUAAUUGAGACCAUCCAUAGCGUGUCAGAGGAUAAUUAGUGUUUGGGAGUCAGUGUCAUGACUUCGUUUUAUUCCUGCCUAAGUCAAAGACAGCUGUGACAACAUUGGCUAGUGCACUGCCAGGAUUCUCACCUGGCUGCUAGGCAUGUGAGUGCCAGCUUUAAUGAGGAUGGUUCAAGAUAGUUCGUAGUCUAUAAAUAAAACAUGUGAAGUUUCUUUCAAAUUCAGUAGUUACCUGUUGUUACUGUAAAUUGUUUCCAGUACCUGCCAUCUACACAUUAGACUGCUGCUCAUGGGUAAAGCCUAUACAGCAGGAAUGAUGGAAAACAUGAAAAGAAGUCAUAGUGUCAAAUAAAAGUCUGUGUCAGUAGUCGGUAGCGCCAUCCAGGCAUAGCACUGCACCAGAGACCAAAUCUUUGUUACAAUGGCACGCCUAAUAUGCACGUGUCACAAUCAGCAGGCAUUCAGGUGCAUAAUAGAGGCUGCACCUAUCUCCUGGAUAUAUAUGGAGAUAGAAGACUUAUGGAGAGAGGAGCUGAAAACAGACUUGUAAUGAAUACAAACUGAGCUCUUUCUCCAACAUUGCACAAACACCUUGGUUCUUUGCUCUGGAGAACCAAGCCUGAAACCUCCAGAGUGAACACUAAGGUUGGCGUUGGCAAGAAAAACCUCCUUUUAACAGGAAGAAACUUUGAGCAGAGCCCUGUUCAUGUGGAGGGACCCGUGUGAUUGAGGCCGGCCUGGUACCGUGUAAGCAGAAGUACAUGUCAGGCAGUGUGAUGAGCUUCACUGACCCCUCUCUUGUUUGUAUACUGAAAUAUACAGAUUUCAUACAGAUCUACUAAUUAGAACUUUCCAAAGCUUGCAUCUUAAUGCAAACAUCAGUCAUUAAGCUUCCAGGCAUCCUGUCAUGAACCUAAGGGUUUCACAAGGGAGAGUGCCUGUUUUUUUUGUUUGAUUUUUUAACAAAAGUAUGCUCGACAUACAGCUUUAUCCCACUGUGUUGUUCCAGUAUCAGCGAUGAGGUUCAUUGUUACAUUGCGUUGCCACCAUUUAAGAUUGUUCAUGCAUAUUGUGGUUAUUGUCAGACAUGCUUCUAUAAUUUGGCCUUUGGUGAACAUGUCAAUUUAAGAAAUGCUUGAUAGUGCACUUUUCUUAACUUAUCACAGCAGGGGAAGCUCUGGUGUAUUGAGGAGGGCGGCACUGUCCUUAUGCUCCUGUGCUUUCUCUACAGAGAUGAGACAGAUAUCUGCGAGAAAAAAAGAAAGAAAGAAUUUAUUAUUUAAUUUGCCUUUUCAAACAUGUCAGAGCUUUAGCACAUUGCCAUUGUUGUAAUGUGAGGAUUCACUAUUUAACAUGCUGAUUAUAAUUAAGUACUGUAACAUGUGGCAUUUCUUUUUUCAUUUUUUGGGAGAUUUUGUUGCAUUUCAGUUUCACACUUUUCAAGUGUAAAAACAGUUUUUUAAACCUUAAAAACUGGGCAAAACAUUCUUAUUGUGUGUUAUAUAAAUGAUUUAGGUUUUGGUUAAAUCAAAAUCUUUUGAUGCAGAAAAGGUCAGUUUUAGUACUACAAUAGCUAUGACUGUUUUAUAAGAUUAUUUUAAUUGCACUUUCAAUACAAGAAUGACUUUUAUCUUUUUUUUUGUCGUUUGGUGUUUGCACAUUUUAGUUUAAACAAGAGUGCCUUAUUAGAAUCACAGCAGCCGUGGACUGUAUAUCUGUUGAUAAAUCUAUGUGAUAAGCUGUA